UAUAAGCAAACAGUUUCCGAGGAAAUCAUUUUUUUCCGGAGCAAACUUUUUCUUUCUCGCAAUGGGAAUUAGUCGUGACAGCACACAUAAAAGACGCGCUACAGGGGGUCGACAAAUUUCUAUUAGGAAAAAAAGGAAAUUUGAGCUUGGUCGACCUCCAGCUAUGACCAAAAUAGGUCCCACACGCAUCCACAAAGUUAGGACUAUGGGGGGCCAUCAUAAAUUCAGAGCACUUCGUUUAGAUCAUGGUAAUUUUUCUUGGGGCACUGAACAUUGUACACGCAAAACACGCAUUUUGAACGUAGUCUAUAAUGCUUCUAACAACGAGUUAGUCCGAACCAAUACUUUGGUCAAGAACUGUAUUGUACAGAUUGACGCUACUCCUUUCAGAUUGUGGUAUGAGUCUUACUAUGGACUACCGUUAGGCCGAAAAAAGGAUUUCUCAAUAGAAGAUGAAGAAAAAUUUAACCUACCUCGAUCAAAGCACGUUAAGAAUAAACUCGCUAAGCGUCGUAGGACGGCUGUACUAGAUCCACACGUCCAGCAGCAGUUUUCUACCGGCCGUCUUUAUGCCUGCGUAUCCUCUCGUCCAGGCCAGUGCGGCCGUUGUGAUGGCUACAUUAUAGAAGGCGAGGAGCUUGAUUUUUACUUAAAAAAGUUAAGUAAAAAGCACCAUCAUUAAAAUAAAAUAAUUGCUUGCUUUAA